AUGAGCUACUCGUACAUAACAGACGAGUCGCCUCGGCUCUCCGUGGACGACGUGCUCGGCCUCAUUGACUGGAAGGAGCUCGAGACCGUGCUCUCCAGCCCCGACGACACCAGCCGACCGCCCAUGCCCCUCGACGAGCCAAUGGUUCCGAUGGACAUGCAACCCGAAAUGAUGGAGUCGUUCGCCAAGGUGAAGACGCCGCCUCGGCGCACCCGAAAGUCCAGUCGGUCGACGCCGACCAACGCUCAGACCACCCCGACAGCUACGCAGUCGUCAACCGCACCUCAGGCCGGCCCUCCCGUCAAGAAGAAGCGCAUCCGCCGCGAGAUCGUGGAGCUCAAGUACUUAAGGGGCAAAGUGAAGGAGCUAGAGGAGCAGCUGCGUGAAUUGCAACUCGGGUUCUCGACGUCGCCCAGAGCGGAGGGCGAGCCGGUCCCGCUCGACGGUUUGAUGCCGUCCGUGUGGACGUCAAUGGCCGGUCGCCAGCUUAAAGACCGCAUCCGGGCCGAGCGCGAGAACCAGGAGUUGCGCAACAUGCUGCAGGACCAGCUCAAGAUUGCGCAGGGACUCGAGGACACGCUGAAGCAACUGCCACCCAGCCAGAAUGCAGGCAACCAGAACGGGUCGAUCCUGCCGCCCGACGUUUUUGGGCCAUCAAGCUCUGAAACACUCGCAGAGAGCUUGGGGCACUUGGACCGCUCGUAUUUAAGCGUGGACGACGCUUUCGCCACGGAAGGCGUGGACCAUCUUGAGAUGGACAAGCACGAGAUCAAGGCCAUCCUUCACCCUUUCUACGGGACGUGCAUCCGCUUUACCACGCGCAUCGCCAUGCCGUUUGGAUACGACGUUACCAGCCGUGCAAUGUGGAGAUUUAUCACGGAAGAGGGACUCAUCUCGCUCGCUAGCUCCUUCAACAAAAUCUACACAACCAAGGACAUCCAGGCGCACUGCUUCGCGUUCCGACUACCAGAGUCUGAUCCCGCAAAGGAUUACUGGAUGAACCAAGUGGUCCGAAAGCACUCGGAGAGCGACCGAACAGUUUUCGUGGGGCGGUCCAUCAUCCAGCCCUAUGUGAAGGAUAACAGCCACCCGACCGGCGUCUCAUUUAUUGACGACGCCCGGGUCAUCAUCAGUGACUGCAGUAGCAACGGUGUGCCCCAAACCUGCGUCAAGGCUUGCGUGUAUUUGGUCCCGGACUUUGGUUCCAGCAGCUCGAACGAGACCGUGGGGAUCAACGAACUGCUGGAUUUCUUCAUCAAAUCCGCCAGUCCGGUGAUCCUGCGGUGCCGCGAGAUGAUCAUGUCCGUGUUGCACCAGGAAGCAGAGGCCAUCAAGCAGACCGCAGUGCGGCUGUGA